AUGGACGCGAAAUCGUCGUCCUUGUCGCUGAAUCGCUUCUUAAGGAGGCGCGAUUCCGUCGUUAAUCUUUGCCGUUUCUGUCCCACUAUCGCGGCGACGCCGAUAGAGCACAUAAUAGUCGCGGAGACAGGUCACUCACUGAAAACUGCAAUUAUUCUCCUCCUCAUGUCCGUCUCAAGGUUGAAAAUCCUCGUACUAUCGAUUUUUCUGCAAAGAGUUUUUGGGAACGCCAGCGAAGGAUUUGAGGACAUAACAUCAGCCAAUAUUUUUUCGGAAAGAGACGAAUUUCCUCCUCCUUCCACUUUCGAGGAUUCAUUUGCCGCCUCAUCUAAACAGCAGCCUCCGGAAACCGCCAAGGAUGGCCACAUACUUCACAACUAUUUCCAAAAGAAGAGGGAAAAACUUGACAAGAAGUUGAACAAAUAUGCAUCGCCUCCUAAGCACUUGAGCGACAUGAUAUCUUCCAAUAGUGGCUAUGGCGAUCCAACGAGUCGAAGGUCAUCAAACGUUAGAGUCAAUCGAGAUUCUGAAGAAGAUCGUCAAGUGAUCGCAGGAAUACCGGACUUGAACGAUCCUUGUUUCCGCCGUUAUGCCAAUUGCAUCAUCGUCAACGCGCAACCUUUUGAAAGGCGUUCAUCACUAUCGCUGCUUCACUGCAAAUCUUAUUGUAUCCGCAGUCAAACAGGAGCCUACAGUUGCCGAUCUUUUGUAUACGAUAAUAUAAACCAGGUUUGCGAUCUCUUUGCUCACGUUGGUGAUCAGGCUCCAGCUCGGCUGUUGAAAUUUCAAAGCCGAGACUAUUUUGAACCUACACAUGCAUAUCAAUGCAUGAAUUUCCCUAUAUCUUCUACUACGACUACUCAUGUCCCAACCACCAUUAAAACAACGACUGUGGCGCUGUUGCCGGCUCGUCCCACACUGCCUGUCGAUCACAUUGUGGCUCGAGCGACGAAAGUGGAUCGUCGGGAAGACUCUGAAAAGAUCGUGAAAGCGAAAGAGGUGAACGAAUUGACGAAACAAAACCAUUCCAGCGCCACCUCUGCAGCUAGAUCGUAUUGCCCGUCGGGGAAGAGAAUCAGUUUUCUACGAACCGAAGGAUUUGAACUGUAUAAAAAUGACGAUAUAACUCUUCCUGUGACACACGUGGAUGAAUGCGUUGUUGCGUGCGAAAGAAACAUUGUUUCUGGACAAGCGCUCGACUGCAGAUCCUUCGACUACUCCUCAUCUUCCUGUUCGUUCUCAUCAGAAACGGCAGUUCCUGUUGGAAAUGGCCAGCUUAAGCAGCGCGAUGAUUCAUACUACUACGAGAAAAUAUGUGUAGCAGAGAGCGCGGUGAAGAACUGCUCACCUACAUUCACGCGAUUUCCACAAAUGGUACUCGUCGGCUUCGCUGAAGCUGUAGCGGAUGCUGCAUCUUUUGAAUCUUGUUUUGAAUACUGUCUCGAUAGUCAUGCAACGUUUGGUUUUAACUGUUCCAGUGGAAUGUACUUCUUCGAGGAAGCGCAACUUAACUGCGUUCUAAAUUCGGAGGAUCGACACACUCAAAAGGACCUGUUCACUGAAGAAAACACAGAUAUUGUGGACUACUUCGAAAUCGGAUGUCAAGAACCAAGAGGAAAAGCAAGGAUGAGAGCAGCAAAAACGUUUGCUUGGGUUAUAAAUAUCGAGUGCUUGGUGAGUAAUGAUACCAGUGUUCGAAAACAUUCGUCCUUGCCACGCCUAAAAGUUGCCCAGUGGCUUCUCCUCGAUCGAGAAUGGUCAUAG